GUCUAUACCUCACUGUAGACAGCACAUGCGGUUCUAGUUCCCACGGAGACAGGAGCUGAUCUAUAUUCAGUUCACACGCACUGGUUGCUUGGGAGCCUCCACAGUGCAUUUCUUUCCAAUUGAAACCGAGCAGCUCAGGGCCAGCGAUGGGGAUAUUAGUUCCAGUGAUACAGGCAGCAAGCGAUGAACUCAAAGCGAAACCCGGCUCAAAAAAUAAUACACACACUUUUUGCUAAAAACGCCACAAAACUUCCACCUGAUUGAAAAGCCAAGAAAUCAAUUUUAUUAAUCAGUGAAUAUUCAAGAUCUAUCGGACUCUGGUAAGUGUGUAACAUUUUAUUGAAGAGUUAGUGAUGUUUCUCAUAUUAAAAAGCUGAGAACUGAGAAUCUCCCUUGAAGCGGUUGAAACUCUGAGACAAAUUGGAACAAACAUUACAGAGGGCGCCAGAGAACUUGGGUCCAGAGGAGCCUUUUAUUCACCAGUCUCCGGUCUCACCCAUACCUAGAAUUUAAGAGGAAUUGUUGCUAAUGUAUCAAAACAAAUCGGUCCUUGCCUCAGCAAGUUAUUUAGGAAAAGAGAUAGCAAGAACUGCAGAUGCUGGAGUCAGAAUCUUCUCUGAUGCUGCCGAACCUGCUGCGUUCCUCCAGCUCCACACUGUAUUGACUAAUUGGGAAAAGAUCCGCUUCGCCUGCACUCGCAAUCACACAAAUGAAUUCACAAUUCAGGUUAAACAUGCAAUUAAAAUAAAAACUCAUUGAGACGACAAAUGCAUUUCAUACAGUCAAUGGGCAGUUCAUUACAAAGACGUAUUCAACAACAUUAAAAUUUCAUCCGACGAUUACAUUUGUAAAGUAAACAGGCUGCACUUGUCAAAGAGAGUCAAAUCUUUAUAAAGAUCUUAAAAUAUUUUAUGUAGAGGUUUAAUUUUAAAAGCUGCAAUUUGGAAGUGCUUAAAGAGCACGUGAUGCCGGUCUCUGUGUCCAAUUGUACUCACUGCGCCAUCUCCGAGUAGAUAUUAUUUUACAAAUGGGCUAAGGUUUACUCGGCUCCUACCCACACUCUCCGGCGAAAUGCAGCUCUAGAGGGUGCGCCGCCUGAGUCCCGUAGUGAAAACUCCGCUUUCACACAGAGAGAGACUGUACCAGCAGCUUCACAUCGGAAUAACGAGCAUAUAAAAUGGGAAACGCACUGAACAGGAAGAAGAAGAACUAUAAACUGUCCAGUGACAAAGAAGCUGACAAAUUGACUGAAGGAACAGCAGCAGAGGAUGGAGAGGCAAAAAAGGAAAAGCAGGAAGAAGCCAAAACUUCUGAAGAAGGCGGAAACUCCUCAGAGGCCAAAGAUAGUCAGGCUACAAACAACACAGCUGAGACUAAGGAAGAGGAUAAAGAAACAGUGAAAAAAGAGGAAAUUCAACAACCUGAAGCUGAAAAGCCACAAGCUUCUACAGAAGCUAAAACAGAGCCUCUGCCUACAGAACCCACUGCAGAAAAGCCAACAGAACAAUCCGAGGUUGCCCCUGCCAGUAGUUCCGCAGAAAGUCAGUCUUCAGCAGUCCCUGAAUCCAGCACUGAAGUGACAUCCACUCAGCCCUCUGAAACCCCAACACCUGCUCCCGAAAGCAAAACAGAAGGCAAUUGCUCAAGCAUGGUUGAAGUGGAAGCCAAACAGACUGAGGUCUCAUCUACUCUUGUGGAUCAAGAGGAAAGUAAAAAAGCAGAGCCCCAGAAUUUGGACUCUGCCUCAAGCACCACUGAUGCUGUUUCUUCCCAGGAGAUACCAGCAGUAGAUGCAACCAUCUCUACUCCAGCUGUUCCUGAAGCCUCAGACAGUGCUACUCCAGCAGAUGUUACAACUUCAGAGAAUUCUUCAGCCAUUACUGAUCAAACGUUAGCUGUGCAAGAAUAAUGGAUAAUCUCAUUCAACAACCAUUCACAAUCUGCAUUGAAUUCCAACUGUACUAACAAACUUGAUCCACUGUCUUAUACCAGAAAACAUCCAAACAUCCCGUACUUAGAAAUUCCAUCAGGAUAUUUCAAACAACCUUUGGAAAAUUGCUGGACUUAAAUAUUGCUGUCUGGAAGUUGAGUGAAUGGAAUGAAAAUCUGCUCAACAGCUGUAAAUGAUGUGCCUCACUGAUUCAAACCAACAUAGUGAAUAAUGUAUAUGACUCUGCUGAGUGAUAGUUAGUGGAACUGUGCCAAACCAAUCAGAUCUUCAGAUGACAUCUUUCUUUGUAUUCCCACCUAAUUUUACACAGUGAGGUAUGAUCAGCUGUUAGAUAUAGACCACCAUGUUCCCUUCCUCAUGACACACCAGAAACAAUAGUUUUGUCUCAAAGUUACUUCAGACUAACAUAUACUUCUCAUUGUACGUUGCCUAUCUAGAUUUCUCUUGAUCAGUUAAUGCAUGUCCGUUGUUGGGUGCACCUGUAGUUCUGUUUCACAGUAAGUUGCAAACAAAUCUGCAUUCAUUGCAAUUCCAGCUUCUCCUCCAUUCAAUGUCACUAAUGCCUCCACCACCACAGCACAUGUUGAAAAUGAUGAGAAUUGUAAAAUGGAUGCAUUGGAGUUAUAUGUGAUUGUAUUAAUGGUGCAACAGUAAUAAAAGUCAUGUAAAAAUAA